GAGCCUGCGGCGGAGAUGCCAGCGCCCGCGGCCGUGGCCGUGGCCGUGGCCGACAACGGUGGCGAGGACAGCUCCGGGCUGCGGGUGCCGGGUGCUCGCGCGCGCGCGCGCGUGUGCGUGCAGGAGGCGCGCGCCGGGCGUGCGUGCGGCUGCGGGGAGCCUGUUGUCCACGCGCAGGAAGCGAGCGCGGCCAGCAUCGCAGCGGGUGCCAGCGGCUCGCCGAGGAGGAAAAAGGCCAAGGUCAGCAGAGCUCUGUGUUAGACAGCGUCGGCAGAGAGACCGUGCAGCACCUCCGACGGCUACCCAAGGACUGAUAACCACAGCCCAGAGGGAAGAGUCGGGUCUCCAGAAGCUGCAGCCUUGACUUCUUCGAGGCACUGGCUUGAGCCCAAGACCAGCUUUGACUAGCCGGCUACUGGACAAGGACACAGAACUAAGGUCACGUUUGUCCUUUCAUCGGGACCGCUGAGGAAGUCUUGGGUGUGAGCCUUUUACGUAGCAUGUGGCAGAAAUUUGGGCCAAGCUGUGAAAACCCCCGUGGUUCAGAGUCAGUGUUUUUCAUAGUGAAGAGACCCUUUAAUAGCCAGUCUUGGUGGCCCAUGCCUUUAAUCUCCGAACUCUGAGUGAAGGCAGAGACGAGGCAGGUGGAUCUCUGCGAAUCCUACUCUUUUUGAGAAUAUUCUUUGUAUUUCAUAUGACAGCAACUGACGUGUGCUGAGGAGGUGGACACUCACCGAGCCUUCGCUCCGUCUUGUAGAACCCGUGCCUUCCGUACUGCUCCACUGCUGUGAAUGGCCCCGGCUGUCUUGACCACCCUUCUCAAUAGGAUGUCACUGCGAUCCCUCAAAUGGAGCCUCCUGCUGCUGUCCCUGCUGAGUUUCCUAGUGAUGUGGUACCUCAGCCUUCCCCACUACAAUGUCAUUGAGCGUGUGAACUGGAUGUACUUUUAUGAGUAUGAGCCAAUUUACAGACAAGACUUUCGCUUCACGCUCCGGGAACAUUCGAACUGCUCUCAACAGAACCCAUUCCUGGUCAUCCUGGUGACCUCGCGCCCCUCAGAUGUGAAAGCCAGACAAGCAAUUAGAGUCACUUGGGGUGAAAAGAAGUCCUGGUGGGGGUAUGAGGUUCUUACGUUUUUCUUAUUAGGCCAGCAGGCCGAAAAGGAAGACAAGGUGUUAGCGCUGUCCCUAGAAGACGAACACCUUCUCUAUGGCGAUAUUAUACGGCAAGAUUUUUUAGACACAUAUAAUAACUUGACCUUGAAAACCAUUAUGGCUUUCAGGUGGGUAAUUGAGUUUUGCCCCAAUGCCAAGUAUAUCAUGAAAACAGACACCGAUGUUUUCAUCAACACUGGCAAUUUGGUCAAGUAUCUUUUAAACGUAAACCACUCAGAGAGGUUUUUCACAGGCUACCCUCUAAUCGACAACUAUUCCUACAGAGGAUUUUUCCAGAAAAACCAUAUUUCGUAUCAGGAGUACCCUUUUAAGGUGUUCCCUCCCUACUGUAGUGGGUUGGGCUACAUUCUGUCCAGGGACCUUGUACCGAGGAUCUAUAAAAUGAUGAGUCAUGUGAAGCCCAUCAAGUUUGAAGAUGUUUAUGUUGGGAUCUGCUUGAAUUUGUUAAAAGUGGACAUUCAUAUCCCAGAAGACACAAAUCUCUUCUUUCUGUAUAGAAUCCACUUGGAUGUCUGCCAGCUCAGACGCGUGAUUGCCGCCCAUGGCUUCUCUUCCAAGGAGAUCAUCACGUUUUGGCAGGUCAUGCUGAGGAACACCACAUGCCAUUAUUAAGGCCGUACUUCAGACGUCCAGGGCAGGGAGGGCUCAGAGUGCUGGCUUCCCACACUGAGACUCACGGGGAGCACGCCCAGACGGAAGCUCCGCGGCAUAAACUUACUAGUGAUUUGACUUCACAGACUUUCACGCGGACCCCUUAAAGGCGAUGGAGGAGUGGAGCAACGCAAAGGGUUUUGCUAAUGCAGUCAAAGGAACAAACGUCGUCUGGAUGACUUAGUCUAUAGAUUAUUAUUCCUUAAGAUUUCCCUGAAAGAAGAGCUGACUCGUCCACAGCAACAAAACCGUGCGGAGUUGUAUUUAUUAGAUAGUCUAGUCUCAUGAAGCUCAGCGUGGAGCUUCGGUGGUAUUAUUUAUAUAUAUGGGCGUGUGUGUGUAUGCAUAUAUACAUAUAUACACAUAUAUUUCUCGUAAAAGCUUUACUGAAGUUAUAUUGAAGAAAAUUUCAUUUGUAUUGUUUUCAUCCACAGGAUACUUGACAAUGUGGUAUUUCCGAGUUAUAAGAUAGUAUUUAAUGUUAUUUCAGGUUCCUAAGUGUUUAAAGGUUAUGGAGACUUCAGUGUUAUUAUAUAGUGAAUCCCCGUUCACAUUUGAGUUUUGUUUUACUUCCUCCACUCAGCAGUUCACCUUUGAAAGCCCCACUAAUGUGAUAUCAUAGCUUAUUACUGACUGACAGCAAUCUCCUGAGCUUUGUUGGAUAUUUUAUUGUAGAAAUAUGGAGAAUCAAAGCAAGAAAAUUCAAGAUUUCGUGCUUUUUUUAAAAUGUAGUACAAAUAUGUAGUCAGUGUUUCUAGAUGUCACUGCAUUUGUGCUUUUUUUUUCCUCCACAGACCUUGGGAGUGAUGGAAAAUAUUUCCUAAAAGCAAAGAGGCUAAGGUGGUAUUAGAGUAUGCUACAGCAGUGUCUGAGUUGGAAAGGGGAAGCAGAGGAUCCACGCUGCUGCAUUGUUAACCCACCCAGUGUGUUUUCUGCUUAGUGAUCAACUUGUGAAUAAAGAGUUUCCAAAAACAA